UUAAAGGGACCAGGGUGUGGGGCGCGGGAGGCGGCGCCGCUGGAUGCAGCGCGGGGCUGGCGGUCCCCUGCAGGUACCAUGGCGGAGAAGGUGCUGGUGACAGGCGGGGCCGGCUACAUCGGCAGUCACACAGUGCUGGAGCUGCUAGAAGCAGGCUACUCGCCAGUGGUCAUUGAUAACUUCCACAAUGCCAUCCGCGGAAGAGGCUCCAUGCCUGAGAGCCUCAGGCGGAUUCAGGAGCUGACUGGCCGCUCUGUGGAAUUUGAGGAGAUGGACAUCUUGGAUCAGGCAGCCCUGCAUCAUCUUUUCCAGAAGCACAACUUCAUGGCCGUCAUCCACUUUGCGGGGCUCAAAGCUGUGGGAGAGUCAGUGCAGAAGCCACUGGACUAUUACCGGGUUAACCUAACAGGGACCAUCCAGCUUCUGGAGAUCAUGAGGGCCCAUGGGGUGAAGAAUCUGGUGUUCAGCAGCUCAGCCACCGUGUAUGGGAACCCCCAGUAUCUGCCCCUGGAUGAGGCUCACCCCACAGGGGGCUGCACCAACCCCUAUGGCAAGUCCAAGUUCUUCAUAGAGGAAAUGAUCCGGGAUCUGUGCCAGGCAGACCAGGCCUGGAAUGCAGUACUGCUGAGGUAUUUCAACCCCAUCGGCGCCCAUGCCUCAGGCUGCAUUGGUGAGGACCCCCAGGGCAUCCCCAACAACCUCAUGCCCUAUGUGUCCCAGGUGGCGAUUGGGCGACGGGAGGCGCUGAAUGUCUUUGGCAAUGACUACAACACAGAGGAUGGCACAGGGGUCCGGGACUAUAUCCAUGUAGUGGACCUGGCCAAGGGCCACAUUGCAGCCUUGAAGAAGUUGAAGGAGCAGUGUGGCUGCCGGAUCUACAACCUGGGCACGGGGACGGGCUAUUCGGUGCUACAGAUGGUCCAGGCCAUGGAGAAGGCCUCUGGGAAAAAGAUCCCAUACAAGGUGGUAGCGCGGCGGGAAGGUGAUGUAGCUGCUUGUUACGCCAACCCCAGCCUAGCUCGAGAGGAGCUGGGCUGGACUGCAGCCUUAGGGCUGGACCGGAUGUGUGAGGAUCUGUGGCGAUGGCAGAAGCAGAAUCCUUCGGGCUUUGGUGCACAGGCCUGAGCCUCGCCCUGACCAGGGACCAGAAGAGGAAAAGAACAAGUGCUUGCUCUCCAGCCUCUGGCAGAACAACCGGGGCACAGAGCCUCCCCUACCUCAAGCCCCAGCAGGGCCUGCUAUGCCCGGCCCGAGGCCAUGGGGUUCCUAGGAAGCCAGGAAGUCGCUCCCGCUUUCCUUCCACAGGGUCUGGGAACCUACUGGGACCACCAUGCGCAAGUUGGAGAGGCAGGGCCCUGGACGAAAGACCCUCCUACAGGCACUGUCAUACUGCUCCGACGGAGCUUUGUCCCGU